GGCAGUCAAAGCUCCGCGCGGCCAGUGAUAGACAGUAAACGCCUGGCAUCAAUAUCCUGCUUCUUUUCUCCUCCCUCCACCUGAGACUCGCAUCCUUGUUCCAAUUACCGCCAUUUUUCCGAGAAACUUGAGAAUACCGUGGUCAAUAUGGAGGUUCUACUCGGUAUCACUGGCAAAGACUUUGUCCUUCUGGCAGCAUCAAAGGCUGCUAUGAGGGGUCCGACCAUUCUCAAGGCUACAGAUGACAAGACGAAGCAACUAAACGAGCACACUCUUGUCGCUUUCUCCGGCGAGGCGGGAGACACCAUCCAAUUUGCCGAAUAUGUUCAAGCCAAUGUCCAGUUAUACACAAUGCGAAACGAUACCGAACUGUCCCCGAAAGCUGUCGCCAAUUUCGUUCGAGGAGAGCUAGCACGCAGUCUACGAUCGCGGAGCCCCUACACAGUCAACCUCCUUCUCGGCGGAGUUGACCCUAUUUCCCAGAAACCACACCUAUACUGGAUUGAUUAUCUCGCUUCUUUGGCGCCCGUCCCGUACGCUGCCCACGGUUACGCCCAGUACUACUGUCUAUCAACACUCGACAAACAUCAUCAUCCCGAUAUUACCCUGGAAGAAGGAAUGAAGCUCCUAGAAAUGUGCACAGAUGAGUUGAAGCGCCGGCUGCCAAUCGACUACAAGGGGGUUCUGGUUAAAGUAGUGACUAAGGACGGCGUGAAGGAAGUAGAUUUCGACAAUAACCGAAUUGUUACAAGUGCUUAAUGUAUCAUAACAAGGCAUUUUAUGUUCUCCGGUUUCGUUUUCGAUAUUAUGGGCCAUGGGAUUUUUGAAAUGAUCGAUUGCAUUUGCUCCCGG